UACACUAUCAUUAUUUGUUAUCUAUACUGAGUGCAGCAGCUAGAGAGACUAAACGACAGAGGUCAUUUUCUGAUUUUCGUGUAGCAAUUAGCAUUUACCUCAUUAUUUUGAAUUCUUCUUUUGUAAAAUCUACCAUUCAUUACAACUAAAUAAUGGCUUUAUUUUUGCGAUCAACUAAAUUAGCCGCUAGGCUUACACAAGGACCAACUAAAUGCUUUUCAAGAAAUUAUGCUGACCAAAUGAACUUCACAUUUGCUGCCGCUAAUCAAAUUUUUUAUGCCAACAAAAAUAUAAAGCAAGUUGAUGUGCCAUCUUUUAGUGGUUCAUUCGGAAUCUUACCAAAUCAUGUACCAACAUUGGCUGUUCUCCGCCCUGGUGUUGUAACAGUAUAUGAAGAUGAAGGAACAUCUAAAAAAAUAUUUGUUUCUAGUGGAACGAUAACUGUAAAUGAAGAUUCUAGUGUUCAAGUUUUGGCUGAAGAAGCUCACCCAGUUGAAGAUAUUGAUGGAUCAGCCGCACGCCAAGUACUACAAGAGGCUCAAAGUCAACUGGCAACUGCAUCAGGUGAUGUUGCCAAGGCAGAAGCUGCAAUUGCCGUUGAAGUAGCUGAAGCACUUGUUUUAGCAGCAGGAAACUAAUACUGAACGUAAACUAUGUAUUAUAUUAGUGUGGAAAUUUGUUUAAGAAUUUUCUCAUUUACAAUUAGGCUUUUAAAAUAAAACUGAGAUUCUACAUAUUCCGUUUAAUUUGUUAAUUUUUGAAGUUUGAAAUUAUAAUUAUUCUCAUCACUAUCCAAUAAAAAAAUUCCACAAAUA